CUACUUACCAUUUUACCCCUCGCGUUUUGUGGAUGCAAUUACGUGGUUCGACGUCGUUUUAAAACUGCCACUAUAAAAAAAACGACCCUGUUUCAGCAAGAUAAUUGUAAUCCCGCCUCUUCUUGGCAAAAUCUGGGUGACGAAGAGUCGAAGAAGAAGAAGACGAUGGCUGAUCCGUUGAAAGAAAUGUGCGACAAACUAGGGGUCUGCACAGAAGAAGCGCUAUUCUACCUCGAAGGUUUCCGAUGGGAUCUUAACGCAGCGACGGAGGCUUGCCGCAGCAAAACAUUACCCUCGCCGUCGUCCCUCACGGCUCAACCUCCGUCGUCCGUGAACGAGAGAACCGUGGAGGAGGAGCAGAGCAGAGAAGAGAAGAUCGAGAAUUUCUUAGAAGUCGCUAUUGGAUCGUCUGUGGCGGACGCAGUAAAGUACCUCAGCGCCUACAAUUGGAGCAUAUUGCACGCCGCGGCCUCUUUCUGUAACCACCACUACGAUCAACCUGAGAAGAAGUCGAAGCCGAUGAUGCCGUCAUCUCACGAAGGAUCGGAUUUGGUGCAGGACGUUCUUAGUAACGUGCCGCAGUUUCGUAGUGAUCAUACCUCGACGAGUGUCAGAAUCGGGAGCCCUCCUUCUUCUAGUAAGUCUGGUUCCGGAAUUGCGACGGCUGAAGUGGUUAAAAAUUUUAGUGGUAAGGCUGUUGAACAAGAUUCAAGCACAGAGUCACCUCCUCUAGUGGCGUCAUCUCAAGUGGAGGAAAGUUCGCAUCUGAAUUCGCUGGAGCAAGAUGUGCUCAUUGAUCUAUUCGUCGAGGCGGCUGAUGGAGAAAUUACUAAAGACGUUGCAGAAAUUUACCUUAAAUUCAACAAUUGGGAGAUAGACAAAGCCUUCUCCUGUCUCAUGGCAGAGCAAAACCCAACGCAGGUUCAGGCUCCACAAGAAGGUGGUGAAACCGGGAGCUCUUCUAGUGAUCCGCCUCUUCCAUCAAUGGGAUUGCCUUCACAAUCACAGUUUGAGUCUUCAUAUGUUUCAAGUGGCCCCACGGAGACACAAAGGUCACUUGAAGAGGCUGGUGGUGAAGGAGACGUCACAGUGGCUGUUCCUGGGAUGACGUCGUCUCAAAUACAUGGCAAGGCUGCAGAGGAAGGUUCAAGCACGGAGACAGUCCCUGUUCCUUUUGCUAACCAAGACAGCACAACUGUGGAGACUCAAACAGCGCCGAGUACUAUUGUGAUGACUAUCCACUUGUCACAUAAGCCUGGGACAUUGCUGGAGCUUCCUUUUAGAUCAGAUCAAACCGUAAGAGACAUCCACAAUGCUAUUGACCAGCGAUAUCCAGAUAUAGACAGGGGCUACGUUUUGCGAUCGAUGGAUGGAGAAGACUACAUGGAUUGGGAUAUAACUGUAUACAGAGUUUCUACCGGUGAUUCUACAUUUCUCCUCCAGGUCUACCCCUAGCCUUACAGUUCCCAGUGACUUUGAAAAGGAUUCUUGCUUUGUAUAGAA